AGUUCUAUGUCGAACUUCGCGGGGCAACCGUUUCUCAAAAUUACAUAAGAAAUCACGCGAUUCUUGGUUUCAAUAAUACCGAUACACCCUUCACGAAUUUUUAGAAAAGUAAAAUUUUGUUUUGAAGUUGUUAGUUCUGAGUUUGUGCGAACUCUAAAUGAAACGACAAAUAGAAAUGAGUUCUGAAAAAUGAAAGUGCAUAUCAAGAACAAUUCGGUAUUUUUACUUUUAUCGAUAAUAAACCACGAAGUAUAACGCUAAAUAAGCAGUCAGUCAAACAUGGAACUUAAUAUUCUGAUGUGCGUUUUCUUUCUGUUUGAAAUGUACAUAUUGGAAACGAGGGCACUAAAAAAUAUGCACAUAAUAGUGCCGGAAGCUGUUAAAAGAGGGAGCAACGUAACUUUGGUUUGUGACUACGAUUUAGAAUCGGCUGCUUUAUAUUCCAUUAAAUGGUAUAAAGAUGAAGAGGAAUUCUACCGAUUUGUCCCGAAAGAAGCUCCACCUGAUCAAUCUUUCGACGUUCCUUUCAUUAACGUUGAUAUUUCCAAAUCGAACUCAAGUGAAGUAACUCUCGUGUCAGUGGAGAGAGAAACGUCAGGUGAAUUUAAAUGCGAAGUUAGCGCUGAUGCACCGCUUUUCCACACCGAUAUCCAAGUGGCGAAAUUGCAAGUUGUAGACAUUCCAGAAGACAAACCCGUAUUAAGAGUGGAGGUUCAAAAAAUAGCUCCAGGUGCAUAUCUGAGAGCAAACUGUUCGACACCACCUUCGUAUCCUACAGCAAAUGUAACUUGGGUACUCAACAAUAAAGUGAUGAACCUCAGUCGCUAUAAUGCUGAUAUCGACUUCAAAGGUAUUUACAGAAGUCCAGAUAUUGACCACGACGUCCAUAUAGCGAAGUCAAUCUUUCACUUUGACUCCCUCCCAGGCCUCGAAACUACUCAGUCGACAUUUGCGGUAAAAACGCGUCCCGAUCUAUUUAUCAAAGGCAAAAUAACGUUGCGAUGUUUGGCGACCAUGUUUGACCUAUACGAAUCUGCGAGGGAAGCGGAAAUACAGGAAGAUGCACCCAAACUCGCGCUCGUGAUGGUACAUAAAGAUCAAAGAAAUAGAGGUAAUAGCCUUGUCUUCUGGACGGACAAAAACGCUGGAUUAAUCCGUUCACUAUUGAUUUCGUUUGUCUUCGUUUCGCUGAAGAGAAUCCAGGGAGUUUGAAACUUCGAUAAACAAUUAAACUGAAGUGAGCUUAGUGAAAUAUGGAAGAGGAAAAACAAGUGACAAUUGUGUUAAUUCAUUGUGAUUAAAAAUGAAUGUGAUUUUGGUUAAAAGUGAAUCAGAAUUAUACAAUAAUUUGUUGAUAGUGAGGUAAGGUAAGAAUUUGUUGAUGAACUUAAUUUGUAUGAUUACAAAAAUUUAAAAUAGUAAAAACAAAUAAAUGGAUUACCUUCA